AUGUCUUUCACUGCAACAAGUAAAGAGAUAUCUUGGAUAGCUAUGGAACAGGAUUCUGAUUCUCGGGAUUCAGGUAUUACCGUGGGACGAGAAGAAGUGAGUAACAGUAGUCAGGAUAGUAUUGUUAACGAAUGGCAUACAAAGCUUAGCAGUUCUCCACGAGUAUUGUUUGGAUUGGAUGAAGGUAUUGAAGAUCUUGUUCUCAGUGAGAUCAGUUCAAAUAAAGAGAACGGAGAAUCAUUUGCGGCAUCACUGCGUCAAUUAGGCAAACAUGGAUUUUCCAAAGAAAAUAAGACGGGACUAAUGGAUGUUACUAACAAGGAUGUUCACGACGAGUCUCCAAAGUCACAUUUGACGAAAGUAGUGAAACGGUCUCGUUUACACGACUUUAACUUCAAUGUUAGCAAGAGGACCAGUCGGAUGUAUUCAAAUGUCGAACUACAGAAUUCUCGAAAAAGGAACUUAGAAAUUACUCCAGUUAUACAGUUGAAAAAAAAGGAUAAUAGAAGCGACGGCGCCAAGGUAGUUACUCGACAGCGUGAUUUGCAUUCUUUUAUAAGAACUCAAUCGUGUAGUGUAGUUGAGGCUAGUGGUCGUUCCAAAGCUCCGGAAAAAGGCCUUCCUCAAACCUUAAGAGUUAAUUACUCACUGGAAACAAUAUCUAAACCGCAGAUCGAAUCAGUAGCAUUUAAAAGUGUUAGUGGCGACGUAAUUGCAAAACUGAUGACGUCAAUGAGUGAAGAAGAAUUUCGGAAGAAAUUUCUCAUUGUGGAUUGUCGAUAUCCAUAUGAAUAUAAUGGAGGGCAUCUAAAGGGUGCUGUAAACAUUUUUGAUACAGCUUUGAUAAAAGAAGUAUUUUUCCCAGAAUCUGCAGAUCAGUUUAAAGAAACUUCAUCAAAGAUACCAAUUUUUUAUUGUGAAUAUUCUCAGAAGCGUGGUCCUCAAAUGGCUCAUGCUUUACGUCGAGAAGAUCGGAAACGGAAUGAAGAAAGAUAUCCAGAAGUAGACUAUAAGGAAAUGUAUUUGCUUGAUAGAGGUUACAAAAAGUUUUUUGAAGUGGACAAAUAUGUGCAUCUGUGUGAACCGCAGUCUUAUACAGCGAUGAUCGCUUCACCUCAUAAGGAGGAUUUGAAACGAUACCAAAUGCACAAAUCGAAGUCGACGACCUGCAUUGGCACUUAUUUAUUCGGUGGUCAGCGAGAGCUUCCAAAAGUUAGGAAUAGGUUUGCUGUCUCGGUUGAAGAACCGUUAUUUGAAAAUGAUGACCCAAGCGUUUCUGAUCCAUCAAAUCUUUCACCAGCAAGCAGAAAAUCUCGUCGAGGCAAUAUGUUUGGCUCGCCGUUUACAUUACCGGAACCCAAAACACCAGAACAAACACCGCUUAAACCAAUUCCAUUUGGCUCCUAUUCUUGA